AAUGAGUCAUGUGACUAGUCAUGUGACUUGCCAGUGAGCUCACGAUUGGGUGUGUCCGUAAAUUCAAUCGGAAGUGCCAGAGCUGGGCGUUCGUAAAUUCAGAGCGUUGUCACAUCGUCUAUUCGUAGAUUUAGAGAUUUUCGCCCUAGGAGCGCUCAGAACGCACUCUGGACGCUCUGGUCGAUGAGUAGGGAUGAUCCUACCGUUCUGACCUCACAACGGCACCCGAGCUAAUUGGCUAACGUUGGCUAGCUACUUCCAGACACAAAUGAGAGAACACCUCAGUCUGACCAUUUUACUCGCCCUUGCAGAGCAGAAGUGACAGUCAGCAGAGAUCAAAAUCAUGACUAAUUAUCCCGGGAUGUGCUUAGUGUUCUGUUUUGCAAUAUUUGGAUUGGGCUCUGCCAUCCGCUGUUUCACAUGCAAGGAUAACACAGGGAGCUGCACAAAUACACAGGACUGCCCUUCUGACGAUGCCUGCCUGACACUGACUGAGACAGGGGGACAGAUCAAUCGGAAGUGCAUCAAGGGCUCUGAUUGCGACUUCAAUCGAUUGGCCCAGAUGUUCCCAUCUGUACCAAAAUUCACCUUUGAUUGUUGCUCCAAUGACCUAUGCAACGGAGCCACAUCCAUUGCCACUGGCAAGCCCUUGCUGGGCCUUCUUGCCUCAUUGGCAGUGAUGUGGUGGUGUAUGCAGUAACCUCUACUCAUACGUUUUAGAAGCCCUAAUGUUGCCAUUCGACUCAACAGAAGCCACUGAUGGAACGGCAAGCAGGAAGAUGUGGGCUAAUGGCUCAUGCUGAAAUUCUGCCGUACUUUCCUGACUUACUGCUGCACAUUUGCAAUAUUGAUUUUGACUCUUUGCACUUAAUUGGAUUUUUAAAGCUUUCUAUGAUAACCUAUUUGUUGAUUACCAAUGCUUUGUGCUUCAGCCCAAGGGCUGAAAAUAGGAAACGUGCUCACAGAUGAGUUUGGAGAAGGUAUAUCAUUCAAACAAUCCUAUUUGGAGGCUUGUAAAAUAGACUAACACUUUCCAUCUAAGUGGGUUUGCUCAGAAUUAUGACCAAGUAUUGCAACAAUAGGUUGUCUAUAGUUUGCUGAAAAAAGUUACUAUAAUGUGCUUAAAUGUAAGGGAUACUUUGAGAAAUAUUUGUCUGAUUGAGUGGACAAAGUAUUGUAUAAUUAAAAAUGCAAAUACAUGAUAUGGAAUUUGGAACUAAAUGUUGUUCAUUUUGGGAGAGACAUUUGUUCACACACAAUGCCUUCACUGCUCUUAUACUGCAUAGUGGCUUACACUGGUACAUAACAUUGCUUUGACUGUUUGAUAGGUAUCUGUUAAACCUAUCUGUCUUUUUUAAAGGGCACAGUAUAGACCUAUUAGGAUUAAAUAUCACGUUUUAAUCUCUGGACAAUAAAUAAAAUAUUACCAAAAAGCCA